AUGACCCCGGCCACGCAGCUCCCGACCUUCGGACUACUUCUCCUUGUCCUCUCCCUGCUGUCCCUGACCACCGCCGCCGCCACCCUCUCGCCGCCUCUUCACCUGCUCGACGCUCGCCAAUCGUCGUCCUCGGCGAACUCCCCGGACUGCGAAUCGUACAGCAGGAUAGCCAACUUCUCGGUCGUCGGCGCCAACGCGACCUACCGCGCCGCAUACCUCGCCGCGUCGCCCGAGGGCAGCGACCCGGCCCGCGCGCCCCUGGACCAGGCCGAACUCCAGCUGCCCAAUCUCCAGUUCAACGCCACCCUGAACAGAGAGUGCGGGAACCUCACGACGAUCGCGUUCGAGGGUGCCGAGUCAAACUUUACCAACGGGAUCGUGCUGCAGUUCAAAGUGAACGCGGCCGGGACACUGCGUGCAGGUGCCAUCGGGGGCAUGGGCAUGGUGGUCGUGGCGGCCAUGCUGACUCUCACGGUCGGUGAUCUCCUGUAA